AUGGCGACCGUCCUCCCCCCACCGUCAAAACGGCAAAAGACCGCUGCAGCCGCAAAAGCACGAGAACCCGUCACCGCACCUACACCACCACCCGAAGCCUCAGUCCGAGUCCAGUUCCGCGACAGCGACACCAACGCUUCGCAGGGACCAGUCGUCAGUGUCUCGCUCGCUGAUCUCAGACCCAACAACCUCUCUCUCCUCCUCAACAGCCUGCUCGGUAGGACAGACCCAUCCGAGCGCCUUCCCUACCGCUUCCUUAAUCCUUUGGGCGAUGGCGAGUUCAGCCAGGAGAAGGUAAUUCAGGCGUAUCUGGAUGGGGUGGCGACGACGGAGUUGCAGCUUGAUAUCCCUUGUAGAGCAGAGGCGGUGUUUAAGGUCAAGGCUGUGACAAGGUGUUCGGCGAGUAUUAGUGGGCAUGGGGAGGCUAUCCUGGCGACUGCGUUUUCGCUGGCGACGUCUUCGAGGUUGGCGACUGGAAGUGGAGAUAAGACUGCGCGGAUAUGGGAUUGUGAGACGGGGACGCCGGUGCAUACGUUGAAGGGGCAUACGGGGUGGGUGUUGGCCGUGGCGUGGUCGCCAGAUGAUGGUAUACUGGCGACUGGGAGUAUGGACAACACGGUGCGGCUGUGGGAUCCGGUGAAGGGCACGCCGCUUGGGGGAGCGCUGAAGGGACACACGAAAUGGAUCACGAGCAUAUCUUGGGAGCCCUACCACCUGCGAGAGCCAGGCCGGCCACGGCUUGCUUCUGCAUCGAAAGACUACACGAUCCGAGUAUGGGACGCUGUGAGCCAGCACACUGAUAUGGCGCUCACGGGACACAAGGGCAAUGUGUCAUGCGUCAAGUGGGGUGGCGCUGGUUUGAUCUAUUCGGCCUCGCACGACAGGACGGUGAAGAUCUGGGACUCGAAGUCAGGCACAUUGGUUCAGACACUCAACGCACACGCACAUUGGGUGAACCACCUUGCGCUCUCGACGGACUUCGUGCUUCGGACGGGCUUCUAUGACUACAAGGGCAAGAGUACAGUGCCGGAGACUACAGAAGGGAAGCGGAAGAAGGCGAAGGAGAGGUACGAUGCAGCGACCGCCGGAGCAGGUGGUAUCGAGCGUUUGGUCACGGCAAGUGACGACUGCACCAUGUACCUCUGGGAGCCUUCGCGGUCAACAAAGCCGCUGCAACGGAUGGUUGGCCAUCAAAAGCAAGUCAACCACGUCACCUUCUCACCCGACGGUGCGCUCAUUGCGUCCGCCGGCUUCGACAACCACAUCAAACUCUGGUCCGCAUCGGAUGGGAAGUUCUUGAGCACUCUGCGAGGUCAUGUUGCGCCAGUAUACCAGUGUGCGUUCUCGCCGGACUGCCGACUGUUGGUCAGUGCAUCGAAGGAUACGACGCUGAAGGCUUGGGAUGUACGGACAGGGACGCUGAAGGAGAAUCUACCUGGUCAUGAAGACGAGGUGUUUGCGGUUGACUGGGCGCCGGACGGCGAGAGGGUGGGGAGUGGAGGGCAGGAUAAGGCGGUGAAGAUAUGGCGGAACUGA